AUGUCGACCUUCAAUGGCAUUGUGUCUGAGUUUCCAGACAUACGGAGUAUUGUGUACUGCUCGGCUGCCACCCGAGAGAUUCUCCUCCGUCUCGAGCGCUACCCUUGUCGGAUCAACUAUGCCAAGGGCCUCUUGGAAGCCAGGCAACAGACCUACAAGCAUCUUGGCAAGGUCCUGAAACCGCUGCCUCUGGAAACACCGACGACUAUCGAGCUCCGUCCUGGCUGCGAGAUUCAGGUGACCCUGUUUGACGCCAACCAUUGCCCCGGGGCUGUGAUGUUUUUAAUUGAGAACGACACCAAAGCCAUUCUUUACACAGGCGACAUCCGAAGCGAACCAUGGUUUGUCAACACCAUGUCCCGGAACCCCAACCUUGUCGAGUACACCUCGGGUCUCAAGACACUAGACAAGAUCUAUCUAGAUACGUCCUUCACUGAAGAUGUGCCCUUCCAGACCAAGGCUCAAGGUAUCGCCGAGUUGUUACGAAAGGUAGCCAAGUACCCUAGCGACACUGUCUUUCACUUCCAAGCAUGGACGUACGGGUACGAAGACGUUUGGGUAGCUCUAUCCAAGGCUCUCAAGUCCCAGGUACAUGUCGACGACUACAAGCUCCGCAUCUAUGGAUCCCUCAAGUCGCGACCAUCUGAAGCACGCUUCAGUUCAGACGUCCACCUUACCCCCGAAUCGCCAGCCUUGACAGGCCACAUGUGUGGCAACACUCCACAUCAAGGGUGUCUAACACCUAACGAGAAUGUUCGUCUGCACAGUUGCGAGAAGGGAGCGAUGUGUGAGGUGGCACGAAGGCCGUCUACAGUUACCAUUCAACCCAUCAUCGCCCACCUUCCCACUGGACAGCAUCUAGCUGAAGUUGGCGUCGGAGGAGGUGGCGAUGACCUGCAACGGGAGGCAGAGCUAGAUUUUCUGGACCAAGCCAGCUUAACUACUUUGGUCAACCUGUUCGUCGAUACCAUUCAAGCAUUGAAGGAGGUCUUGACACAGGCCGUCUCGACCGGCAGAAAUAUCCCGCUUGACUGGGAUAUCACGUCUUUGGACAACCAUUCAGUACAGGAGAUUGUCCAGAUGCUUGCAGAAAGACUGGUGAACAGUUCCAAGAAAGCUGUCGCUGAGGAAGUAACAGGCCAAGCUGAGCUACCCAAAACGAUACAUUUCCCGUACUCCAGACAUUCUUCGUAUCCAGAGCUUUGUCAUUUCGUCGAGACAUUUCGACCCAAGGACGUUUGGCCAUGUACUGUCAGUCCCACGGAAUGGAUGAGAAAUGGAACCUCGAUUGCAUCUCUCUUUGGACGCUUUUGCUCCGGAGAUGAAUUCGCCCAUGAUGUUACCAUGCAGUCCGUUGCUGAGAGAUUUGCGGUAAACAAUCCACAUCAACAGCACGACAGUCAGACCACGGCCAAUUCUCCUCCAUCA